CAAAACAAUCGAGAAAGAUUUGUCCAAGCACGAAACAGAAGAGAGAGAGAGAGAGAGAGAAAGAGGCAGGGUAAAUGCCAUGGCUUUCUCACCAUGCAUUGCCCCUUUGGUAAUUCUGUUCCUCAUUUUUGGGUGUGCUGCAAGGCCCUUCUAUCCACUCCCUAGUAAAGUAGCUGACGGCACUAGAAAGCCUUUACAAACUUCUCGUCCAUAUAACUUAGCUCAUCGAGGUUCAAAUGGAGAACUUCCUGAGGAAACUGCUCCUGCAUACAUGAGAGCUAUUGAAGAGGGUGCAGACUUCAUUGAAACAGAUAUCCUAUCUUCCAAAGAUGGCGUUCUUAUAUGCUUCCAUGAUGUAACACUUGAUGCUACCACUGAUAUUUAUCAACACAAAGAAUUUGCCAAACGUAAAAGGACCUAUGAAGUCCAGGGGGUCAACACCACUGGCUUUUUUCCUGUUGAUUUCACAUUAAAAGAACUAAAGUCAUUGAGGGUGAGGCAAAGGUACUCAUUUCGAGAUCAACAAUAUAACGGAAAGUUUACUAUUAUUACUUUUGAAGAGUACAUUUCAAUUGCACUGGAUGCUACCAGAGUUGUUGGAAUAUAUCCAGAGAUUAAGAAUCCAGUAUUUAUCAAUCAGCAUGUGAAAUGGCCAAAUGGUAAGAGAUUUGAGGAUAAGUUUGUGGAGACACUUAAGAAGUAUGGAUACAAGGGUUCAUAUUUGUCAAAAGAGUGGUUGGCACAACCUGCAUUUAUCCAGUCAUUUGCUCCAACUUCACUUGUAUAUGUAUCAAAUCUGACAGACUUGCCUAAGAUCUUUUUAAUUGAUGAUGUUACUGUUCCAACUCAAGACACUAAUCAGUCAUAUUGGGAAAUUACUUCAGAUAGUUACUUUGACUACAUUAAGAAGUAUGUGGUGGGCAUUGGACCUUGGAAGGAUACGGUGGUUCCUGUCGAGAAUAAUUAUUUACAAACGCCUACUGAUCUUGUUGCCCGCGCACACUCCCAUGACCUACAGGUGCACCCAUACACUUACCGAAAUGAGAACCAGUUCUUACACUUGAACUUUAACCAAGACCCAUAUGAGGAAUAUGAUUACUGGAUUAACAAGAUAGGAGUUGAUGCACUCUUUACAGACUUCACGGGCAGCCUCCAUAAUUAUCAGGAAUGGAGAUCUCUUUCUUCAAAUGAUAGUGAUGAUAGGGCAUCUAAACUAUUGCACAAAAUUGCUGAGAUGAUCAAUUCCUAGAAAAGGUAUGAGAGAGCAAGUUGUAUGUAUCAUUAUAUAUUAUCAUCCUGUUUAUAUGCAGGUUGUGUACAAUAACAUAAUUGAAACUUGUUCACUAGAGGUCAUUUUUUCAGUUGUUUUCCUUGCAAAAUAAAAAUAAUAAGCUAUUUCCUAUUGAUGUAAUCAAUAUAAACUUUUGUAGUUGGCUUGCGAUCAGCUUGUAUGUUGGUCUAGAUAAUGCAAUUU